UCAAUGUCAAAAAUCUAAAAAUAACCUAUCUUGCCCAUUUCACCCAUUUGCUUCACUUCAUUUGCUUGUUGUUGACAUCAUAUUGUGUGUUAUGUGCGACGUUGAUACUUAUUUUUGUGUUUACGAAACGAACGCUUGAAGGCCGUUGGCAAACCUGAGUUGAGCUGAGCUGCCAAACUGAUGCUGCCGAUGGAGGAGGAGAACGCUGCUCCGGGGGAGGGGGAGGAGGGUAGCGCAGCGCUACAUGCUCGCUUAGUAGCGCUCGUGCGCGCCGCCGGCGGCGAGCCGGAGGGGCGCGUGGGCGUAUGGAUGGAGCACUCGUACGCGCGCGCCAAGAGCGGCGCCGCCGUCCGCGAGAUACUCGCGCGGCCCCUGCCCGCCGAGCAGCCGCUCGACGUCGGCGGGCCCGGGGACUGUGACCCGGCCCCGGACACACAGGAACCCGACGACGUUGACCCUGAGUGGGAAGCACGUGUGCUAGCAUUAGCACCGAGCGCGAUGCACGCCCGAGCCGCGCGCGCCGCUCUAGAGGCGCUCCGAGCCUUCCGACUCGCGCGCCUCGCUUCAGCCGGCCACGCCGACGCGAGUAUAAAGAGAGACCAGGCGCGAACUGCUUCAAGAGCUGUGCGGCGCGCAUUAGCGCCGUUAUGGGCGGCUCCCAACGGUGGCAGCGGCGUAGCGCCAUGGCUUCACGGCGCCAUCUUGGCUCACGGGAGCCACUCGGCAGCGGCGUUAUGGCGCGAGUUGGCCGGCGAGUGGCGGCGCUCGGUGCCGCGCGCGGCGGCGCGCCUGCUGCCGCUGCCCGCCGCGCCGCCGCGCGACCCGCUGGCGCGCGUGGGGCCGCCGGUGGACGCGGACAAGCCGGGCCCCUGGCUAGUGUGGAUCUGCGCGCGCGGCGAGGACCGCUGGGCGCGGCGACUGCGCGCACUCCUGCACGUGCGCGUGGUGUGUGGUGACGCGACCGGGACCGGGCCCGGCGCCGGGCCGGGGCCCAGUACCGGGCCCGAGGCCUGGUGCUCCGCGCUCAUGGGCGCCGCAAGGGCCGCGCUGCUCGACGUGCUCGCUGAAGCCGGGUCCCAUCCGGUGGUGGUCGGCGGUGCAGGCGCGGGUGCUGCCCUCUGCGGCGCCCUACUUUCGGGCGCCGGGAGCGCCGGCGACGGAGCCCUGGCCAACGUGCGCGCCCUGGCCUUGCUGGCGCCGCCGCUGCUCACGGCCGAGGGCGAGGCCACGCACCUCAACCGGACCGAGAUGGAACUCCCACUCCUGGUGGUAGCCGGCAGCGCAGGCGCGACAUGCCCGCGCAGUUUAGCGUGCGAGCUAGCGGCCGGCGGCGGCACGGCGCGGCGUGUGCUGGUCGUGCGCGGCGCGGACGAUGCGCUGCGGCUGCCGGCGCGGCUGCGGCGGCGGCUCGUGCCGCAGCACGCGCUCGACGCCGCCGUGGCGGUGAGUACUGACUGUGACACGUCGCGUGCUGGCGUACUGACUGUGACACGUCGCGUGCUGGUCGUGCGCGGCGCGGACGACGCGCUGCGGCUGCCGGCGCGGCUGCGGCGGCGGCUCGUGCCGCAGCACGCGCUCGACGCCGCCGUGGCGGUGAGUACUGACUGUGACACGUCGCGUGCUGGCGUACUGACUGUGACACGUCGCGUGCUGGUCGUGCGCGGCGCGGACGACGCGCUGCGGCUGCCGGCGCGGCUGCGGCGGCGGCUCGUGCCGCAGCACGCGCUCGACGCCGCCGUGGCGGUGAGUACUGACUGUGACACGUCGCGUGCUGGCGUACUGACUGUGACACGUCGCGUGCUGGUCGUGCGCGGCGCGGACGACGCGCUGCGGCUGCCGGCGCGGCUGCGGCGGCGGCUCGUGCCGCAGCACGCGCUCGACGCCGCCGUGGCGGUGAGUACUGACUGUGACACGUCGCGUGCUGGCGUACUGACUGUGACACGUCGCGUGCUGGUCGUGCGCGGCGCGGACGACGCGCUGCGGCUGCCGGCGCGGCUGCGGCGGCGGCUCGUGCCGCAGCACGCGCUCGACGCCGCCGUGGCGGUGAGUACUGACUGUGACACGUCGCGUGCUGGCGUACUGACUGUGACACGUCGCGUGCUGGCGGUGCGUGGCGCGGACGACGCGCUGCGGCUGCCGGCGCGGCUGCGGCGGCGGCUCGUGCCGCAGCACGCGCUCGACGCCGCCGUGGCGAGUACCCCGUCGUUGUGA